AUGGCAGACGCUACCCAGAUCUCCGAGAAGCCUCUGUCGGAGAACGUGGAGCAGAUCCACGCGAAAUCAGAACACUUCUCGAGCUCCGACAACAGCAAUUCCGACCGAAAUGUACACACGACCUCAACACCAGCAGACGAUGGCCCAGCGGAGAGGGUAUCAGCGUCGACUAUCAUGGCGAUUUUCUUCAUGGGCCUUUCAUACGUGGCGGCCAUCUCCUGCGGUUUGAUAUUAGUGUCUGGCAUUCUUGCACACAUCGGGCAGACGCUCGGCGAUAUGGAGAACAUAGUUUGGAUCCCUGGUGGAUGGUCUGUUGCGUCUGCGGUGUCGUUUUCCAUUGCGGGUGGUUUCAGUGAUAUCUUUGGGCGGAGAUAUGUGCUCAUUUCGGGGCAGGUCAUUACGUUGGUCGGGGCGAUUGUGGGAGCGACGGCGAAUAAGGUUACGACUGUUGCCGCUGGAUCGACGAUUAUUGGAUUUGGAGCGGGUGUUAUUUUUGUUUCAUAUCCAGGCAUUAUUGAGUUGCUGCCAAAUAAGUACAGAGGAAUCGGGCUUGGAUGGACCGAAUUCGCGAUCAACAUCCCAUUCGCUGGUCUCGGAGUUCUCAUUGCGAACUUACUGGUCAUCCACGCCAACUGGAGGUGGUGUUACUAUAUCGCCAUUAUUUACUCGGUGGUCUGUAUCGUUGGAACGGCGAUCUUCUACUUCCCUCCUUCACGUCCUCGCAAUGAUUACGACAAGACUCGUUGGCAGGAAUUUGCAGAGCUGGAUUUCAUCGGCCUCUUCCUCUUCGCUGCUGGGCUCACCAUAUUCCUCGUUGGAUUGACCUACCUUGGAAACGCGACGUAUUCCAAAGCUGUCGUGGGAUCCACUGUCACGAUCGGUGCUAUCGUUUUCGCAGGCUGCUUCGUUUACGAUUUCACUAUUCCGAAGAAUCCCAUCUUCCCAUUCCACCUCUUCGCCAUGUACAGCGAGUUCACCGUCCAUCUCGUCGUCCUAUUCGUUGCAGGUAUGAUCUGGCAGGCCAUCACAACCCUCGGUCCCCAAGCAACACUCUACAUGUUCACCAACGACCCGAUCCAGAUCGGAGUCACCCAGAUCCCACAAAACAUGUCUGGAGUGCUAGGAGGCUGGAUCAUCCCAUCUUUGGUUCAUAAGAUCAAGCACGUUCGUCUGCAAAUAAUCGUCGCGCUCGUCAUCCAAACUGUCUUCACAGCCGCCUACGCAGCCGUCAUCCCCAACAACAAAGCCGCGUGGAUGGCUUUCCAAUUCUUCGGACAAUGCUGUUUCGCCUGGGUUACCACCCUCGCUUACGUCGCAUCAGGACUCUUCGUCCCACAGGAAGAACUCGGCGUCUCAGCAGGACUGAUCGGUACCUUCCGCAGCGCAGGAGGAAGUGUAGGCAACGCCAUCUUCGCUGUCAUCCUCAACUCGAUCAUCAACAAGAAACUCGGACCAAAUAUCGCAGCCGCUGCUAUCCAGAACGGAUUCUCGCCUGCUAACCUCGGAGAGCUCAUCCCCGCUGUGAUUCAGAAUGCUGUUGGUGUGCCGUUUGUGUUUGAUGCUGUGCCGGGCAUCACCGAGGAGGUGAAGGCGGCGACGGCCAAGGCGUUGAAGGACACGUAUGCAUAUGCGUUCAGGAGGGUGUUUCUGUCGACGAUUCCUUUUGGGAUUAUUGGGCUGGUGGCGGCGUGGUUUGUGAAGGAUUGUAGCCAUUUGUUGAAUAAUCAUGUUGCGGUGCAUCAGGAGAAGGAGGUUUUGUCUGGGAAGCAUGCUGAGCAUCAUGAGCCUAAUGUUGAGGGUGGGGUAAUGAGGCCGAUGACUUAA